AUGAAGACCAUCCAACUAACAAUCCUAUUCUGUGCUAUUUUUAGCGUUUACUGUAAACCGGUAGAAGUGGACGAUGACGAUAGUCAAGAAGGAAAAAUUGUUGGAGGUUAUGAAAUCCUCUUCGAUCAAGCAUCAUACCAAGCUGCCAUGUUUAUAUAUGGAAGUUUUGCCUGCGGAGGAAGUGUUCUAAAUAGAAACACCAUCAUAACAGCGGUGCAUUGCACUGAUGGUAUACAAGCCUCGACCAUAACUAUCCGGGCAGGUUCGGCCGACCGAUCAAGUGGAGGUCAGCUUUUGAGUGUAACCAGGAUUAUCCAGCAUGCUGAUUACAACCGUCGUACUGUUGAUAACGACAUUGCAUUACUCAAAGUAGACCAAGCAAUCACUACGGCAACUCCUGUUCAAUGGCCAAACAGUGAACCUAGAGAUAAUACUGUCGUAAGAGACACUGGUUGGGGUCACACAACUGAAGGAGGUUCAACUGCCAGGAAUUUGAGAGCUGUAGAAGUUAACAUGGUUACCAAUAGAGCCACCUGCCUGAAAAACUACGGAGACAGUACAAUUACAAGGAAUCUGAUCUGCGCCGCUAGUAAUGGCAAGGAUUCUUGCCAAGGUGACUCUGGUGGUCCAUUGAUGCUUGGUAAUACCCAAGUUGGUGUUGUGUCUUGGGGUGGCGGCUGUGCUCAGCCAGAUAAUCCAGGAGUAGGUAUACAUCAAUCUUGCCAAUACUAA